AUGCUCGCUAAAAUACGCAGCUCUGGGACACUCUCGUCUGCGGUGUGCGUGGGGUCGCUUUCGGUCUUUCUCGCUCUGGUGGUUAAAUUUGUGGACUGGGGAUUUGAGCACAGCAGCAGCAGCAGCAGCAAUAACAGACAGUCCGGGUCUCCUGUCUAUUUCGCGUCGAGCUGCGCGGGGGAGCUAUUGUUAACUUGGUGGCAUUUGGUUUCUACUACCCUCGCCUUCCUUUGUGCCUUCUUCUGGCUCGGCUUGUAUUUGAUCCGGUGCGGUGUCCUGGUCCAAGCUGCGCUUUUUCUUCUGACCGUGUGCCAUCUGAGCGAAGCAGCGGCGCAGUCGCUGCUGCACGGGGCGGAGGAGCAGCUUCUCUCCUUCACGGCGACUGCGGUGGUGCUCGCCUGCCUGGCAAGCGGGGCACUGAUGGUGCUGAAGCUCGAGCACGGGAUCGCUAUCGUCGUCUUCAUCAGCGUCGUCAGGACCGUUUCGCUCAUUUCGCUGAACAAAGUGCAAGCCGGCUGGCGACCUUACUUAGCGUACGUGGUCGGAGUGCUCGGCGUCCUGCUGGCGAGGUAUGCUGACAAGUUACUGCCGAACCAAGCCGUACACGGGGAGGGCUGCGCCUCCGUGACCGGGACGAAGGAAGAUAUCCCGGUGUUUAAAAGGCGAAGGAGAUCCAGCUCAGUAAUAUCUUCAGACAUGGCACACAGUCAUUCUGGCGGCAAAUCCCAUCGGCGCACCUCGCUGCCGUGCAUUCAAAGGGACCAGAUGCUGCCUCAGUCCGAAUGGGAGCACAAGCGAGGCCCUCGGGGUUCCCAGUCGUCGGGCACCAGCGUGGCGGUGGACAUCGCGGUGAUGGGCGAGGCCCAUGGGCUGAUCACAGACCUGCUGGCGGAUCCUGCCCUGCCCCCCAACACCUGCAGCUCGCUCCGCGCCGUCAGCAACCUGCUCAGCACCCAGCUCACCUUCCAGCCGCUGCACCGGCCGCGCGUCAACACGCUGGGCUCCUUCAGCGACACCUACACCUGCUCCGACUCCGAGGACGGCCUCGACCGGGGCGAGAAGCUGGCCAUUGCCAAGCGUCUCAGGCGGAACCUGCCCCCAGCGGUUCUGCGCAGGAUCUCCUCCACCUGGACCACCACCACCUCGGCCACGGGCCUCCCAACCCUGGAGCCAGGCCCCAUGCGGAGGGACCGGAGCACCAGCAUGAAGUCCCCACACGAGGGCGCCACCUGCAGCUGUGGAAGGCCAUACAAUAAGCUAAGCCACGGGGAGGGGUCGAUGGAUGGAGUGGACAGGACACUCCGCACAGACGACCCGGCGACGGUGUCAUCAGACUACGACAGCACGUACGAGACCAACAACAGUGACAGCAGUGACAUCGCGCCCAACGAGGACGAGGCGGAGAGCGCCAGGAAAGCCGCAGACCUGCGAGAGGGGUGCAGGACAUGCCCAUCCGAAAGCGUUAUGCUGCACCCACUAAUGCUCCCAGAGGAAGAGUCCGUGCUGGCCCCGGAGCCCCUGGUGAUGGAGGAGUUAGAGCCCCUGAUGAGCCAGCUCAACAACUGGAACUUCCCCAUCUUCAGCCUGGUGGAGAAGACCCACGGCAAGAAAGGCUGCAUCCUCAGCCAGGUCACCUACAGGCUGUUUGAAGACACGGGGCUCUUUGAGACCUUUAAGAUCCCGGUCAGAGAGUUCAUGAACUACUUCCAUGCGCUGGAGAAUGGCUACCGAGAUAUACCCUACCACAACAGAAUCCAUGCUACAGAUGUGUUGCACGCGGUCUGGUACCUCACAACACAAGCUGUACCAGGCCUGCCCAGCCUGGUAAAUGACCACGGCUCCACCAGCGACUCUGACUCAGACAGCGGCAUCACCCACAGCCACAUGGGCUUUGUGGUUUCGAAGACGUACGCGGCGUCGGAGGACGGCUACAGCUGCCUGUCAGGCCUCAUCCCCGCCCUGGAGCUGAUGGCGCUGUACGUGGCGGCCGCCAUGCACGACUACGACCACCCCGGCAGGACCAAUGCCUUCCUGGUGGCCACCGGGGCGCCACAGGCAGUGCUGUAUAAUGACCGCUCGGUUCUGGAGAACCACCACGCUGCCUCUGCCUGGAACCUCUUCAUGUCCCGCCCCGAGUACAACUUCCUGGUCCACCUUGACCACCUGGAGUUCAAGCGCUUUCGAUUCUUGGUCAUCGAGGCCAUCCUCGCCACCGACCUGAAGAAGCACUUUGACUUCCUGGCCGAGUUCAACGCCAAGGUGAGUGAUGACGUGGGCUCGGGCAUUGACUGGUCCAAUGAGAACGACCGGCUGCUGGUGUGUCAGAUGUGCAUCAAGCUGGCCGACAUCAACGGACCACUCAAGUGCAAGGACCUGCACCUGCAGUGGACCGAAGGCAUCGUCAAUGAGUUCUACCAGCAGGGGGACGAGGAGUCCAGCCUGGGCCUUCCCAUCAGCCCCUUCAUGGACCGCUCGGCGCCGCAGCUGGCCAAGCUUCAGGAGUCCUUCAUCACCCACAUCGUGGGGCCGCUCUGCAGCUCCUACGACUCGGCCGCCCUCAUGCCCGGCCGCUGGGUGGAGCCCUCCGAGGUGGGGUCUGAAGCGGAGCAGGAGAGGGGAGGCAGGGAUGAAACUGUAGAGGAGGAAGAGGAGGAGGAGGAGGAGGAGGAGGAAGACAUGGCGGAGGAAGACGCAUCCACCGGCUCGGAGGCGUCCCAGAGGAGAAGCCCAAAGAAGAGGCGGAAAGUUUUCUGCCAGAUCACUCAGCACCUGCUGGAGAACCACGACAUGUGGAAGAAGGUGAUUGCGGAGGAGGCUCAAAAACAGGAAGAGGAGGAGUCUGCACACCUCGCCAACCCCUCUGAGCCAAUCCAUGAGGAGGAGGAGCCAGAGCGCAAAAGGGAGGAGUCAGCAGAGGACCAGGAACAGGAAGUAAUAACAGAGGAAGGGGAAACGGAUCCUCUAGAGGAAGAAGUCCCGGCAUCGGAAACUGCCGAGGAAGAGGUGCCCCCUGAGUGAAGCUCCUGAGUAUAUGGGGACUCCAAGCCAGAACGGCGUUUCUGUUUAACUGUUUUUUUUUUCCAAAUUUUUUUAAACAGACUCCAGAUAUUUUUAU